CACUUCCCUUAGCUUCCUUCUUUGACCAUAACACUAUCCCAAAUUUCACCUUACAAAUCCCUCACACUCUCAUUUUCACAUUUGGUUUUUCUCUCUUUCGAUUUCGCUGUUUUUUUUUUGGUUUCACAACCUAAUCCUCGAAUCCUCAUACCCAGAGGUUCGAUCGUAUUACGUUGUGUUUUUUUUGUUACACCACUCAUUGAAUCGAAAAGCUUGGGUUUUUAUUUUGUUAUCCCUUUUGGGUGAGAAAUUUGAUUCUCUAAUUAGGGUUUCUAAUUCGGAAAUCGCCGAAGGGUUGAAUCGUUUAAUAUUGUUGUGGAUUGUUGGUUUUGACAGUGAAGGUUACUGUUUUCGGUGUUGGGUGAUCGAGGUUUUUUUUUCUUUUUCCAAUCGAGAUGGGCGCGGUUUCGGAAUCUGCUUCUGCUGAUUGUUUCAGUGAGGUGAUGUCGUCGAUGCCCGGUUUUCGAUUCCAUCCCACAGAUGAGGAGUUGGUGAUGUAUUAUCUGAAACGGAAGAUUUGUGGGAAGAGGUUGAAGUUCAACGUGAUUUGUGAAACCGAUGUUUACAAGUGGGAUCCUGAGGAUUUACCUGGGCAAUCUUUCCUGAAAACUGGAGAUAGACAAUGGUUCUUUUUCUGUCAUAGAGAUAGGAAGUAUCCUAAUGCUGCAAGGUCUAAUCGAGCAACAAGACAUGGCUACUGGAAAGCUACAGGAAAAGAUCGUAAUGUGAUAUUCAAUUCUCGGUCAGUUGGAGUGAAAAAGACACUGGUUUUCUAUAUCGGCAGAGCUCCUAAUGGCGAGCGAACUGAUUGGGUUAUGCAUGAAUACACCAUGGAUGAAGAGGAGUUUAAGAGAUGCUGCAAUGUCAAGGGCUAUUAUGCACUUUACAAGGUUUUCAAGAAAAGUGGACCAGGUCCUAAGAACGGUGAACAGUAUGGUGCUCCUUUUAAAGAAGAAGAAUGGGCAGAUGACGACGUUGUAGAUUUUAAUCUAAAUUCAGCUGAGCGGGAGGCUCCAAAGGCUGUUAUGGAUCCUCCUAUUGAUCAGUUGCAGCCGUUGUUGGAUGAUGAAAUUGAUGAAAUCAUUAAAGGGAUGUUUGAUGUUGACCCUGUCCUUGAACAGGAUUAUGUGAAUGGUUAUACUAACUUUCCGCAGGUUGUUAAUGAAGAAACACAAAGUAUGGGCAUGGGUCAGUUCUCUGAGGCCAUUUUAUUUCCUGAUCCAAGUGGAAAUUUGCAAUCUAGCAGUCAACAUUAUGAUGCGCAGCCCAGCUUUGACUUCAAUCAAUCAGUUACUUCACACUUUCAUAUUUCUGAAGCACCCGAGGUCACUUCUGCUUCCAACAUUCAAAGUGAGGAGGAGCUCGUCUUUUAUGAGGACGGCUUCUUGGAAGUUAACGAUCUCCUUGAUACUGAACCUACAAUUUCAAAUUCGGAAAAUCUUAAUGACGAUCUCUUUGCGAACCUUCAGUUUGAAGAUGGGUUAAGUGAAUUUGAUACGUACCAAGAUGCAGAUAUGUUUUUUUGUGGCCUGGGGCCUAUUUCUGACGAGACAGUUUCACAUGCAUAUAUGAAUAAUGCUGGCAGCAAUAUUGAAAAUCAGAGUCACCAGUUGCUGUCCGAUAUAGAAGUUGCCAAUCAAACUGUUGAUGAAUUCUGGAUGCAUGUUGAAAGAAACACCCGCAGUCCAACAGAAGACUUCACUGGUUCUUUCUCUCUAACAAAUCCAGGUGUUGUGUGUGACUCUGUCAGCUUUCCUACUGAAAGCACUGAAAAUCGAAGAAGCACUAUGGAAGACGUCGCUACUACAAGUAGAUUAUCUUCUGCUCUUUGGGCUUUUGUUGAUUCAAUACCUACCACUCCUGCAUCAGCUGCUGAAAAUCCUUUGGUGAAUCGGGCUUUGAAUCGAAUGUCUAGCUUCAGCAUGAUGAAGAUGAAACCAACCGACACUGCAGGUAUUGAUACUACAACUAUGAAGAGAGCAGGCAGGAAGGGAGUCUCCUUCCUUUUCUUCCCUAUUCUUAUUGCUUUAUGUGCUUUCUUGUGGGUUUCUAUUGGAAAUUUAAGACUAUUAGGGACAUACGUCUCUCCUUGAAUCUGUAAACCCAAAGUUUUGCUGCUAUAUAUAUAAUUUUGUCUGAGAUCUCCUCAGAGUUGAUGAAAGCAAUCUUCUAACAUAUUCUGAAAAUAAAAAUAUUUUAUCCGUUGUAAAUAUUCAACUCAAGAUAUGGUUUAGGGUAAGUCACACUCAUCUGUAAUUCAUGAGUAGAGGCACUAAACUUAUAUAAUCUUAUUGUUGUUUGAUUUUUUGAAUUCUUCAUAAUAUCUUUGAUUGUACAAAUUUGUGAAAUAUGUACAUAGAUGUGUAUCUAUAUGCCAGCCAAUUUUGUAACCGUCUCUAAUUGGUAGUAACUUCUUCAGCAUUAAUAUUAUAUAUUGUUGAUGUCA